CAGAGAUAUGGCGCAAACAUUCGAUUGGCUGUGUCAAAUCCGCAGCUCUCGUUUGAAGUAUUUCUAGACCAAACAAUUGGUCAUUUCGCUUCUUUGGGCUUGUUCUUGGUUUGGUUGAUGUAACCAUCCAGGAUCGUCCUUGCUCGCUUUCGAGGGGUACUCGCUGGCUGUAGUAUUGGAUGCUAGGACUACAGCCUACUCAUGAGAUAACGGCGAGCUAGGGACUUGGCACUUGCAGGCAAGCCAAGUAUACAUGCCAUUUAAAACACACACGGUGCCCGGCCAGUUCAUCAACGUCUCCCCAUAUCGGCUUGUCUUUGAGAUUGCUUAUUAUGACGGCAUCUCUCUUCGAACUGGUGUCAAUUUGUUUACGCCAUGGAAACCCCCGCGAAGAUCAGCGCCACAAUGCCUGAAAACGGCGGCAGCGUGCUCGAUGAGAAGGAUAGCCGCGACUUUGUGUCGGAGCCCAAGACGGCGCACAACUUCCAUGUCGCUCAGGAUGUCGAACUGGCGAACGGCCAUUUGGCUGAGCUUGAGGUCGACAUGGGCCGCAUCUUGGCCAAGGACGAGGCCGAGGGCGACUGGGACGCCGACACCAGUCCGUUUCCCCAAGUGCGCGCCGUCGUGCCCGAGACGGACGAUACGGCCAUUCCCGUGAAUACCUUUCGGGCAUGGUUUCUAGGUAUUGUCUUCGUCUUUCUCGGGGCUGGCGUCAACCAGUUCUUCUCGCUCCGAUAUCCUGGUGUACGCAUCGUGUCACUCGUCGCAGAAUUGCUGGCCUAUCCCAUCGGCGUCGCGCUCGCCAACUUCCUGCCCAUUAGUCGCUGGAAUCCCGAUCGCCACUUCAACAUCAAGGAGCAUGCCCUCGUCACCAUCAUGAGCAAUGUUUCGUUCGGUAUCGGAUCCGCAGACGCGACCAACCUCAUCCAGGCCGCCAGGUUCUAUGGCAUCCCCAUCCCGACCGGCUUCUCCGUCAUGGUCGUCCUGUGCUGCCAGCUGUUGGGCUACGGCGUUGCUGGCCUCACGUCUCGCUGGCUUGUCGAGCCGGCCACCAUGAUUUGGCCCGGUGUGCUAAGCAACAUUGCUCUGCUUAGCUCGCUGCACUCGCGUGCCAAUGCUGUCGCUAAUGGCUGGAGAAUAAGCCGCAUCAAGUUCUUCAUGGUUGUUGGCGGUGCUGCCUUUGUGUGGUACUGGUUCCCCGGCCUCAUCUUCACUGGCUUGAGCUACUUCACGUGGAUCUGUUGGAUCGUGCCCGACAAUCUGGCCGUCAACCAGGUCUUUGGCAUGGUGACGGGCAUGGGGCUCUUCCCGCUGACGUUUGACUGGUCCAUGGUGGCGUACAACACGAACCCGCUGCUCAGUCCUCACUGGGCGGCCGCCAACGUCUUCGUCGGCUUUGCCUUCUUUUUCUGGGUCAUCACGCCUGCGUUGUACUAUACAAACACCUGGUUCACUUCGUACCUGCCAUACUGCACGGCUGACGUAUACGACCGAUUUGGGCAGCUGUACAACUCUACCGAGGUCUUGACCAACAACCAGUUCGACCAGGAAAAGUACUCGGCGUACUCGCCACCCUACUUACCAGCAACAUUUGCAUUUGUUUAUGGCCUCUCGUUUGCAUCCAUCACCAGCGUUCUGUCGCACGUCUACUUCUUCCACUGGGAGGAAAUCACCCAUGCCCUCCGUGGCACCGGCAAGCUCGACAUUCACUCGCGCCUGAUGAAGUCAUACAGAAAAGUGCCGUGGUGGUGGUGGGUGUCAGUCAUCGUCGUCGUCAUGGGCAUGUCUAUCGCCAUGACCGAGGUCUACCACACCGGACUCCCCGUGUACGGCAUCUUCCUGGCGCUCAUUAUCCCAGCCAUCUACAUGAUCCCCUGCGGCAUGAUCCAGGGCAUCACCAACGUCGACGCCAACCAGAUCAACGUGCUGUCCGAGUUCAUCGGCGGCUACAUGUUCCAGGGCAAGCCCAUCGCCAACAUCCUCUUCAAGAUCAUCUCCACCGACGUGGUGGGCCAGGGCCUGUACUUCGCCGCCGACAUGAAGCUGGGCCACUACCUCAAGAUUCCCCUGCGCACCCUGUUCUUCGCCCAGGGUUUGGCCACUAUUCUCGGCGCCCUUACCCAGACGGGCGUCACUCUUUGGAUGCUGGGCAACGUUCCCGGCAUCUGUUCUGAGGACCAGCCCAAUGGCUUCUCCUGCCCCAGAGGCCGCACCGUUUGGUCCUCAUCCGUCAUCUGGGGUCUGGUCGGCCCCGCACGCCUCUACUCGGUCGGCAUGAUCUACAGCGGCCUGCUGCACUUCUUCUGGAUCGGCCUCAUCCUCCCGCCCAUCACCUGGUUCAUCUGGAAGAAGACGGGCAAUGAGUUCGUGCGCAAGAUCAAUUGGCCCCUCAUCUUCGUGGGCACAUACAAUGUGCCUCCGGCGACGGGAAUCAACUACUCGUCGUGGUAUAUAGUCAACCUUGUAUUUAACAAGAUUCUGUACCGCAGAUUCUACGCCUGGUGGACAAAGUACAACUACAUUCUUGCAGCGGCAUUGGACACGGGGCUUGCCCUGAGCGGCAUCCUCAUUUUCUUCGCCGUCACGUACGGGCCGCGCGUGCAAUUUCCGGAUUGGUGGGGGAACACCGUAUGGCAAAACACUGCCGAUGGGUUGGGUACGCCAUGGUUACAGAUGCCGGAUGUGGGGUAUUUUGGGGCCGCUAAUGGUACUUGGACAUGAGAGAAAGGUGUAAUGGUAACGGAGAAACCUUGGCGUAAUUGGAUACAGCACGGCUGGGCGUAUUAGAUUACUGUACCUGUAUUAUGUAUGUAUGUUUCCUCGUGGUGUGAAUCGGCUUGGCCUCUGAAGAAGCAGACGACCCAUGAUAAUAUAUAUAAGAUCGUGUCGCUAUGAAGUAGCCACAUUCACAUUCGAUGGAUUGGACAUAUACCAACUGUACCAGCUAUUAUGUGAUGUGAACAGAAAGCCGGACCACAUAAGUUGGUAUCGGUCAGGCUUCGGGAAUUUCUGAGAGUGC